AUGACGGAGCCGCAAGAGGUGGAAUCGUUGUCUGCACGUCUUUGCCAGUCGCCACGGAAGGACGACCACGAGCGAUGGUCUGGCUGUCUUUUCCGCCUUAGUGGAGAGGAAGAGGAAGAAGAGGAAGAGGCGGCGGGAGCGGGGGUCUGCGUUGGCGAGGGGGUAUGUGCAUGCGCCGCGAUAGAGGACAUAGGCCGGAAGACGAAAGGGGUCCGUGGCGAGGGGAACCCUGCGCUUGAGGUCGUUCUGGCUGGCGGGCGGGGGGCGGGCAGCAGCGAGAAGAGGCGCGAGACGGUGCGAGGCUCAGGCUACGGGAGACGGUGGGGGCGCGGCGACAUGAUCUCAAGCCAAACCCUGGGAGUCUCUCCCCGGCCGGCCUCUUUUGCCGAUUACCUCAGCCGCCCCGUCCGUCCGCUUCUCCCGCCCGCCUUGUCGCUGCCCACAUUCCAGGCUCCGCCGUCCAUUCUCCGCCGCCGCGCCCACUCGGCCGCACGCACACAACCCACGGGAUCCUAUGCCACAUGCUCCGAAUGCGACUAUCUUUAG